AUGUACACUUUGGCCCAUAGGCCACGUCACCAUUUCCAGAGAGAAAGCGACCUGAUUGUUAAGGGUAAGACCAUCACUUUGCUAGUCAAGGAACCUAGAAUGAAGAUAACUGGAGAACAGAAUUACACUGAACAGGAAACUAUUUCUGGAAAAUUUUGUGUCCAGUUCAGGUCGCUGAGAUACGAGAAGUAUUCUAAAGAGAUUUGGAUUCUUUAUUUUCUAUUAAGAUAUUGUUUCUGCAAGAGAAAGCUUUUUCUCUUGAUAAUGUCAUGUUUACCUGAAAAGCUGCAAUCAUUUUACUGCUGGACUAAGACUGAGGAUGCAAGGGAAGGUUGGGGGACAGAGCUGAGGGAGUUGAGGAAAAAAGAAUUGAAGCGUUGA